AUGGCAGACCGGUCACCGUACGGGAAGCCACAGACGCUGGCGAACCGCAUGAGCUCCAAUGCCGGCGAGACGUCGUACCAUUUCCAAGUGCGACCCAAAGUGUACCAUCAACAACCAUCGGUGCCUCGCAGCGUCGGGGCCUCGGCGGGUAACCUGAGCUUGGGCAACCACUCGGUCGAUGGGCGACUCGCACGCCCUGCGUCGUCAACCCAGCCUACCUCGAUCGCCGCCACGCCAGGCUCAGCGUUCAGCAAGUCGAGCACCUCGAUCGUGCAUCGACUGGACGACUUCCAGCCCAACGAAGGCACCAUACGCACGAGCGCGCCUCCGCGUAUCGUCUCCGCCGCCGCCCCCUCGACCUCCCACACAGCGGGCUCAGGCUCGGGCUCGGGCUCAGGCGCAGGCUCAGGCGCAGGCUCAGCUUCAGCGUCGACAUCGACCUUGAGCUCCUACAACGAUUCGGCACCGUUGCAAAUUGCGAGACCGCGUAACCCGGGUGCCAACUACAAGACAAACCUCGCCGGUGGAUGGAACGACUCGGCUGUACCCCGCGCGCUCAUCUCGAUCAACGGCAACGCCAAUGGCGGCAGCAGCGGUAGUCUGCUCGACCGGGUCACCGGUGGCCCCGGAGCAGCCUCGCCAUCUCGUACGAACAGCAACGCCAACGGCAAUGGCACCGAUGCGGGUGGUCUGGCUAAUCGGAUAGGCACGUCGAGGUACUCGCCCACGUCCGAGCGGCGCAGUCGUCCCUCGUCCCCCCAUCGCGCGUCGUCGAUCCCGCUCAAAGACCGCAUGCCCUCGAUCAGCCACGACCGAGCGCCUUCGAACCAGUCAUCUCGCGGCCCGACACCACCGCUUCCCCUCACGCACAAUCCACCGGGCGCGACGACGGCGACGACGACAAGCACCUCCUCGACAUUGCGCGAUCGUCUUGCCGCCUCCAUCUCCUCCAGCAAGGCCGAUCGUCGCGACGACGAGGAUUACGUUGAUCGACGCUGUCGCAGCCUGCUCGAGCGACACUCGGAGCUUGACAGCAUCAACCCGCAUCGCCUGCGCGUCGUGACCGUGUCGAAUCUACCCCCAAAUGUGUCGCGUGAUGAUGUUUACGUCAACAUGGAGCUUUACGGUGACAUUGACUGCCUCUCUAUCAACUCUGACCACGCUCAGCCCGGCCAGCAGCAGUUCAAAUCCGCCGACGUCCGCUUCAAGCACGCCGACGAUGCGGCCUGCGCAGUCAAGAUCGGCAACAUGAGCCGCUUCUGGGUCAGGUCAGCCACCAGUCAGUUCUACAAGAUUGUCAAAGUGACCUUCAUGAAACCCGCUCCUCCCGGUGGUUCAUCUACCUCCUCGUCCCUGCCACCUAAAUCGGCCGUCUCGAGCUCGGCGACGGCGACGGCCCCAAAUCGCAAGAGCACCUCGUCAGCGCCUACAAGUGCUCCACCACUCGUCCCGACUGAACCAGCUGCGUCAAAACCGAUCUCUGCGACCGCGCGUGCUCCCGAGACUGCCCCUGCUGUGGUCGGUCAAGGGAGCCUCGCAUCCGCGUCGGCCCCCUCUCGUCCUUUAGCACCAAAGCCCGCGGUCGCUCGGUCCAGUCGCCGCUCAUCUUCGGGAACACCGCCGCUCCCCAGUGGUGACCAAAUAACGACUCCAGCACGACCUGCAUCGGCUCUGCCUCUUCCUUCGCAACCCGCGGUGACGGUACCCCCUGGGCUAUCGGCGCCUGCCCCUGUUGUACCGCCGUCCGUCGCUCGGUCGGUGAUCGAUCCCCAGCAUCCGAGGAUUGUGUUCCCGUUCUCCAAAUUUCCGCCUCAAUCUGGGUCCACAAACCCCUUCUCCAGUGCGCCAACUUCAUCCAGUAUGGCCGAGCCCGCUGCCUCAAAAGGAGGCGCUGGCGCACCGUCGGCAUCCGCGAAUGGCGCGACUUCCGCUCCGAGUGCUCCUGAGACGCCUCAAACUACGGUGAGCUCCACUCCUGCACCGGUGAGCACAGCUGCUGCUGCGAUUCCGGAGCCGACUCCUGCAUCCGCGACCUCGAAUCCGGCGCCUUCACCUGUCGCCGAGCCACAACCGAGCCAGCUGGACAAAUUUACCGUAUGCGGCCACGACUUUGUCAAAGCCGCGGUGCCACCCGGAGCUGCUGCUGUGUUGCCCAAAACAGCCACCCUUGCUUUCAGCUCUCCCACGUACAAGAACACGCAUACCUCGAUCGGAUCCAAAAUCGGCAACGGCAUCUCGCUCCAUCUCUCGCAGUGCGGAUUCGUCGUCAUGCGCAUCUCGUGGUGGCGCGACGUGAAGGCCCCGAAGCCCGGUCAAGGCCUGAUGAUUGCCCAAAUCGUACCCAAGUCGGCACCGGACCAGAUUAUGAGAAUGGCGAGCGCUGCGUUCAACAAUGCCAACAGUGCUCCGCCCGCUGGGAUCCCUAUAGCGGUACCUUCAAACUCCAGCAAACGGCCUCGCGAUGAACCUCGAACUGGUGGCUUGGCGUCUUCGACUGUUUCGAAAUCGACCGCUGUCACCAGCAGCGACAAGCGAGCUCGAAUAGGCCCUGCACCCAUGGCUCCAGCGACACCCGUCGAGGAUGUGCCGAUGAUCACUCUCGACGACGACGUUCGUAUUGUGCGCAUUGAGCUACCCGAAUCGGCGCGUGGUCCGACUCCCGCCGCUACCAAGGCACGCAAGGUGCUGCGCAAGCAGCAUACGAAGAGGAUCAAUUCGGAGGGGACGAUCGUCUUGAGCGCUGUGUGAGUUCCCACCACAGCGGGGAUCCGAGCUAGCUGGCCCAGUACUGACAAGGACCACUUUCCAUCACAGCUUCAAGGGCGAUGUGCUCGAGAUCGCGUACGAAGUCGAUGAUGACGACGAGGAGGAGGUGGAGGGCGAUGUAGCGCAACCAUCGGCAGCCAGUGCGACCCCGCAACAACCCGCCCCUGCGGUCCUUGCGACCAGAAGGGAGUCGUCCGUCAGUAACGUCGAUGAGGAUAUCAAGCCCGAUAAGAACGCUCUUUCCCGCGUCGACCCAAAUGACGAAGAGUUGGAUAUGAUCAUGUCUGAACCAGAGAUACCCGAGCCCGACCCCGUCUACUUCCCUCGCGAGAUCAGGGUGGUCUGCACCGCCGACUCGAUCGAGACUCAAAAGGCCGUUGAGAGCUUCAUCGACGAUUUCUUCACACGCUUCGACUCGGAUCGCGUCUCACUGCAGUACCUCUACCACCUCGAAAGCGCGUUCUCGGUUCGCGUUGUGCCGAAUGUCCCGCCUCGCAUGCAAGGGAUGUACGAGCACGUGCAUCCGUUCCAGCGCAAGUUCAUGGUCGCGGCGGGCAAGACCUACCUCACCCCGACCGCCAUCGCCAAUGCGAUCGUCAAGCUGCCGGCCGGGUCCCACGACAUUGGGAACCUCAUCUACGACGCGCGUGUCGUCAGUGAUCUCCGACGUGGUCUGCCGCCGAGUCGGCUCGUUCCCAUCGUCCUGCAUCUGCAUGGAACGUUCGAAGAGUUCCCCGAGCACAUUGUGCGUAAGAUCACUCGCACAUUCGUCCUCGUCCCUCGUGACGCCAGCACCGGCGGGCUCAACAUGCAGCGGUCGCCGUACGUCAUCAAGACGGAUCAGCUCGUCUUCUCGCACUACGACCCCAAAGCGCCGACGCAGCUCCUCGUCGACCCUGCUCAAGGUCCCUUCGUCAAGAACCAAGGGCAAGGGAGCGGCUCGCCGAAGAAGAAGCGGGUCAGCGAGACCGCGAACACCGGCCCGCCUUCGAUGGGAAACGCUCCCAUCUCGCAGGUGCCUUCGUUCCGCAAGCAAACCCCUCUGCAACCACUCGCGCAAGCGCCAGUCCCAGGUCCAGAACCACCUGUCCCCGUGGCUUCCGACACUGGUGGCUCUGAGUCGGUCGAGCCCAACAAUGCUCCCGUUCCGCAAGCCGGCCCUUCCAACCCUACCCCCGCACCUGCCCCGGGGCUCGCUCCUUCCCUCUUCAGCGCUCGCACGACUCCUGCUCGGGCGAACCCUGAUGUGCUCGUCAUCUCGGACUCGUCCGACGAUUCCGACUCGGGCAGUGAUGCCGCCAGCUCGGGCACGCCAGAACCAGUAUCUCGACCCCGCGUACCUGUGCACUCGCCGCCGAACCCACUUCAGGGACUUCCGCCCCCGAUCCUGCGCCCUCGAGGUACAUCCGAGUCUUCUUCCUCUUCUCGACAAGAAUCGAUGCCUGUGGACGAGGUCGACGACGACGACGACAGCGACACGCCGGACCAGCCGAGUGUCGAUGUCGGCAAGAAGAAAAAGAAGAAGUCGGCUGUCACACCCGCAGCUACAUCCACGGUGACGCUCUCGGUUCAGCAGAUGGAGCGUUUGGUCGCGAAGCAGGUGCGAGCCGUGAUGCGGGAACAGGAACGCGAGCGUGAGCGCAAGAAGAAACGGAAGCGUCGCCGUGCGCGCUCUGACUCGGAUGACAAGGACGCCGAUGAGGAUGACGAUGACGGCAAUGAGGAUGACGAGGAGGGGGAUAGUGACGUCGUCAUUGCUGGUGGUCAGUUGGCAUCGGUUUCGGGUCAUCGCAGCGACGUAUCGUCGACGGCGCGUGCAAAGAAGCGAUCCAAGGACAAGAACCACUCGGUUGCGGCCUCGGCCGCGAAUUUGGCCAGUCCUUCCGGCAGCGAUGGUCGUAUUGCCAUCUCGAUUGGCACUUCAGCCAUGCCGCACGGCUACGAUGGCAAGAGCAACAAGAUGCGAUGGAUGAUCGACAUUGGAUCCUCUUUCUUGGGUGUCUCGAUGUGGGGGGACGUGAUCGAGUGGACGGGCAAGGCCGGCCCGAAUGCCGUGCGCAAGUUGCAUGAGAGCAAGGGCAAGACGUUCGCCGUCGACGACAUCGCUUUCUCGCGCAACAAGAACGUGCUGAUCGUACCUUACCUUGGCGGCAAGAUCGACAAGGCCGGUACCGCGCCAAAGAACCAGGUCACGUUGUACGAGCGCAAGGUCGAUCGUCAAGGCCUUUCCAAAGUGAUCGAAAGCCCUCUUUCUGCGCAACCACAUGGUAGGGGUGGUAUCACAGCAACGAUGGUUCUCCCUGGUGCCGCGUCGGCUCGAUUGCAGUUCAUCACUGCUGGUGAAGACAAGAUGUAAGUGCCCACUUUGGUCGCUUGUUUUGGAGCCACUUAAGACUCAUCCCAAGUUCGUGCUCUAUGGUGCAGGAUGUACCUUUGGACGCGCGCUCGUUCCGACCGAUCAAUCUCGACCGAACGACUACCUUGCGAACACACGUCGACCAUCACCUCCCUUGAUCACCUUGCAUCGGACGGUUGGCUGAUCUCGGGAGGCGCCGAUAAACGAGUGAGUUUGGAUGGCGAGCGUUCUCGAUCGUGAGUUGCCCAUUGACCAUUCGUUCCUGUGUUGUCUCGUUCAGGUCGUCGCAACGAACAUCGAACAAAGGCGAAACAUGUGGUCGGCUCUGCUCCCAAAUCCCGUCUACUCGGUCGAGCCUUCGUGAGUUUUUCAGCGUCACGAUCUGGGUUGUCUGCCUUGUCUCGAACUAAAACCUCCACUUUUAUUCGACGCAGACCCAUUAACCCACACCUCAUCCUUGCGCGGCAAAGCUCAUCCUCGGAUCAGUUCCGUCUGUACGACACGCGCCAGUCGGGAGCGGGACCGGCAGUGUUGACCUUUGGAUUCCCUCUCGCGCCUCGGGCGAUCUCGACCUCGAGUGUUCCGGUUGCGCCGAAUCUGGGCCGGUACUACGCGGGCUCGCCCUUGCGCGAGUUUGCUUAUGCGUUCCCAGACUUGCAGCAAGGGGUCAAACUGUGGGAUCUGCGCAAGGCAACGAGCGCGAUCGGUGGGGGUGGAUCGGGUUCGUCUUCUUUGGUGCCGAGGAUGCAGAGCAUGCACGGUGUGGCAAGUAGCAAGGUGGUGCAGGUGCUGUGUCGCAACGACGAGCUUGCGUUGAUGGAACAGCAAGGUUUCACCUCUGUUCGGAUUCGAUAG